UAUUUGAGCCCCCUCCCUAUUUCAUAUUUACCCCAGACAGGCACACCUUUUCUUGUUCACUGUUCUUCAACCAUCUCUUUCUCUCCCUCCCUCUCUCUCUCACUCUCUCUGUGUACCAGAAACCACUGUUCUUCAUCUAAGGAAAUGGAGAAUCCCGAUUCAGAGCUUCUGCCCCCACCACCAGCUGAAAUACCACCAGAUGUUAUUCCUGAACAAGUUCAACCAGAAAAGGAACCAGAAAAGAACCCUGAUCUUAAUAACAACUCAUCAAAACCAAAGCGAGUCCUAAUGCAAAGGCCCGGUAUUGGGUCUAGAGGACGAAAGACGACAUUUAUUACCAAUCAUUUCAAAGUCGGCUUUGGUAAUACUAGUGGCCACUUUUAUCACUACUGUAUUUCUCUCUUCUAUGAGGAUGAUCGCCCUGUCGAGGGAAAAGGUAUAGGUAGGAAAGUGCUGGACAAAGUCUAUGAGACUUAUGAAUCUGAGUUGGGAGGCAGGGAUUUUGCUUACGACGGGGAGAAGAGCUUGUUCACAGUUGGUUCUCUCCCGCGCAACAAAAUGGUGUUUACAGUUGUCCUUGAUGCUGUUGUGUCAAAGAGGACUGUGGAGAAUGGUGGAAGUGGCAGUCCAAAUGGGGGUGACAUCAAGAGGAUGAGGCGUUCCUCCCAGUCUAAAACAAUUAAAGUAGACAUUAGUUUUGCAGCCAAGAUUCCGGUUCAGGCUAUUGGAAAUGCUUUGAGAGGUCAAGAGACAGAGAACUCUCAAGAGGCUCUGAGAGUCUUGGACAUUAUCUUGAGGCAGAUUGCGGCAAAACAAGGAUGUCUACUUGUCCGCCAGUCAUUUUUCCAUGAUAGCCCAAGGAAUUUCACAGAUCUAGGAGGAGGCGUCCUUGGUUGCAGAGGGUUUCAUUCCAGUUUUCGAGCUACCCAAGGCGGACUAUCCUUAAACAUGGAUGGGUCUACAACGACAAUAGUACAGCCAGGGCCACUGGUUGAUUUUAUAAUUGCCAAUCAAAAUUGUAGAGAUCCGUUUCAGGUUGACUGGGCAAAGGCCAAAAGAACGAUUAAAAAUCUGAGAAUCAAGAUCACGACGACCAACCAGGAGUACAAAAUUACUGGAUUGAGUGAGAACAAAUGCCAAGACCAGAUGUUCUCCAUGAGGUCCCGCAGUUCCAAAGAUGAAAAUGGCGAAGCUGAAAAUAUUGAAUUGUCAGUGUAUGACUAUUUUGUAAAAACUCAAGGGAGGAAGUUACAAUACUCGGCAGAGCUACCCUGCAUUAAUGUUGGCAAACCAAAACGGCCUACUUAUUUCCCGAUUGAGUUUUGCACUCUUGUUUCGCUGCAACGCUACACAAAGGCAUUAACUGUUAUUCAGAGAUCAUCACUGGUAGAAAAGUCAAGACAGAAGCCUCAGGAAAAGAUAAAUAUCCUGACUGAGACAAUGAAAAACAACAAUUAUGCUGCUGACCCAAUGCUACGUUCAUGUGGUGUUACUAUCCAGAGUCAGUUUACUAAGAUAGAUGGUCGAAUUCUUGUUGCUCCAAAGUUGAAGGCAGGUGGUAAUGACGAACUUUUUACUCGAAAUGGUCGAUGGAACUUUAACAAUAAGAAAUAUGCAGAGCCUGCUAAAAUUGGGGACUGGGCUGUUGUCAAUUUUUCUGCCCGGUGUGAUGUUCGCAACAUCUGUCUAGAUCUGGCGAGAAUCGGAGAAACAAAGGGAAUUUCAUUCUCACCACCAAAAGCUGUUGUUGAGGAGUUGGCACAGUUUAGACGAGCACCGCCACCAAUUCGGGUUGAUAAAAUGUUUGAUCAGUUGAUGGCAGAAUUCCCCACGGAACCUCCACGCUUUAUUCUGUGUCUUCUUCCUGAUAGGAAGAAUUGUGACUUAUAUGGUCCAUGGAAGAAGAAGAAUCUCUCAGAGUUUGGAAUCUUUAAUCAGUGUAUGUGUCCCUUCAGGGUCAAUGACCAGUAUCUGAACAACCUUUUGCUGAAGAUUAAUGCCAAGCUUGGUGGCUUGAACUCUUUGCUUGCUGGUGAAGUUGCACGAAAUCUUCCUGUUGUAUCAAACAAGCCUACCAUGAUAUUUGGCAUGGAUGUCUCGCAUGGAUCUCCUGGUCAUGCUGAUGUGCCUUCAAUUGCUGCAGUUGUCAGUUCAAGGCACUGGCCUCUUAUUUCGCGCUACAGGGCAUCUGUUCGAUCCCAGUCCCCUAAAGUUGAGAUGAUAGAUGGUCUUUUUAAACCUGGGUCUGGCAAUAAUGAUAGUGGUAUUGUAAGGGAGCUGUUGUUGGACUUCUAUACAAGCUCGGGGAAACAAAAGCCCAGUCAAAUUAUAAUAUUCAGGGAUGGUGUCAGCGAAUCACAAUUCAACCAGGUUCUAAACAAGGAGCUGGAUCAGAUAAUUGAGGCUUGCAAGUUCCUAGAUGAAAAUUGGUCACCACAGUUCACUUUGAUUGUUGCUCAAAAGAACCACCACACGAAGUUCUUCCUAGAAGGAUCUCAAGACAAUGUUCCUCCUGGAACUGUUAUUGAUACACAAGUCUGUCACCCAUCUAACAAUGACUUCUACAUGUGUGCACAUGCUGGGAUGAUAGGGACAACAAGGCCAACUCAUUACCAUGUUUUAUACGAUGAGAUUGGUUUUUCAGCUGAUGACCUUCAGGAACUUGUUCAUGCCUUGUCCUAUGUCUACCAGAGAAGCAACAAUGCGAUAUCCAUAGUUGCACCUGUCCGCUACGCACACUUGGCGGCCAGCCUAGUCUCGCUAUUCAAGAAGUUUGAUGAAAUGUCAGAGACGUCUUCGUCCCACGGAGGUGUUACUGGUGUUGGAGCGCCACCUGUGCCUGAACUUCCAAAGCUGCACAAAAAUGUUUGCUGCUCUAUGUUCUUCGUUUAGUGCUGCUGAUAAGUUAGUUUUUAAGUAGCAACUGAGCUCUUGGCUCCUCCUAUGAAUUUUAGUAUGCACGUAUAUCAACUGCAGACCUUUUGGCUGCCCAGUAAGUUAGCAGCAUCUGCUGCUGAACUUGUAACUUUGGUAGUCCGGUGUUGCUAGUUAAGCACUUGAACUUUUUCGGCUGCA